UCAUUUCAAUCCAUCAAGUUUUUCACAUGAAUGUUAUAUUUUAUGUAUAUUUCUGUGGUAGAGCAGCUGCACCAUGUCCAGACAUGUGGUGAGUGUGCAGCCACAGAACCGGGUCAAAGAGGCCGGAGCCUGGAGCACCGGACUGUGUGAGUGCUACAAAGACAUCGGAGACUGCUGCUUGGCCUGCUGUUGCCUCCCGCUGUUUACCUGUAAGGUAACGAACGCGGUGGGCGCCUGGCCCUGCCUGCCUCUUCUGGACUGCAUCAGCUGCGUUCCUCCGGCCUCUCUGGCCAUGAGGGCUUCGGUCAGGGAACGCUACGGCAUAAAGGGAAGCGUGUGGAGCGACUGCCUGUACGGAUGCUGCUGCUACACGCUAUCUUGGCUUCAGAUCUCCAGGGAGCUGAAAAGAAGAGCAGCAUCCCACGCCGCCUCCUCUCCUCCGGCCUCCUCCACAGUCAGAUACACUGCUCUGACCUCCCUGCAGGGGGCGCACUUGGUCUAGACGCCUCGGGGAAACUUUCUUUCCCUGAUGGCAGGAAGUCAGGAUUUAAUCACACUUCAUUUGGCCUGCAGGGACAUAACAGACAAAAGUCCAGUUUGUUCAAAUUAUUUAAACUUUAUUUAAACUCUUUCUGUUUUUUUCUAUACUGUUUGGAUUCUUUAUAGCAAAAAAAUGUUUUCUUUGGUCAAAGUGUCUCUAAUAAAUAUUACUUGUGAAUAUGUUGCGUAAGUAGUCUGCAAAUAAAUAUGUAGAACUAUUUUUGUUUUUUAAAAUGUUCACUUUGUUGCUUGAAAGACCUAAUCAGCUAUUUGUGUUAAAUUUAUUCUUUAGGGAAUUGUUCUGCUCUGAAAACUUACAGAAACUGUUUUUAUUUCCGAAAUAUGCUUCAAAUCUUUGUUUGCUUAAUAAUUUUUUUGUCUCAAUUUCAGUUUGCACAAUAUCUUGAAGCUGUAAUAAAAACCUUGAU